CGGCGCGCGGAGGCGGAGCGGCGCAGGCGCAGGCACAUGGGCGGAAAGAUGGCGGCUGGAUUUAAAACCGUGGAACCUCUGGAGUAUUACAGGAGAUUUCUGAAAGAGAACUGCCGUCCUGAUGGAAGGGAACUUGGUGAAUUCAGAACUACAACUGUCAACAUAGGUUCAAUUAGUACUGCAGAUGGUUCUGCCUUAGUGAAGCUGGGAAAUACUACAGUAAUUUGUGGAGUUAAAGCGGAAUUUGCAGCACCACCAACAGAUGCCCCUGAUAAAGGGUAUGUUGUUCCUAAUGUGGAUCUACCACCUCUGUGUUCAUCGAGAUUUCGGUCUGGACCUCCUGGAGAAGAGGCCCAAGUGGCUAGCCAGUUCAUUGCAGAUGUCAUUGAAAAUUCACAGAUAAUCCAGAAAGAAGAUUUAUGCAUAUCUCCAGGAAAGCUUGCUUGGGUCCUAUACUGUGAUCUCAUUUGCCUUGACUAUGAUGGAAACAUUUUGGAUGCCUGCACAUUUGCUUUAUUAGCAGCUUUAAAAAAUGUACAGUUGCCUGAAGUUAUUAUAAAUGAAGAAACUGCUUUAGCAGAAGUUAAUUUAAAGAAGAAAAGUUAUUUGAAUAUUAGAACUUACCCAGUUGCAACUUCCUUUGCUGUGUUUGAUGACACUCUGCUCAUAGUUGAUCCUACUGGAGAGGAGGAACACCUGGCAACUGGAACCUUAACAAUAGUAAUGGAUGAGGAAGGCAAGCUCUGCUGUCUGCACAAACCAGGUGGAAGUGGGCUGACUGGAGCUAAACUUCAGGACUGUAUGAGCCGAGCAGUCACAAGACACAAAGAAUUAAAAAAGCUGAUGGAUGAAGUAAUUAAGAGUAUGAAACCCAAAUAAACAGCCACCAUGUUUUCAGAACAGAUUUGUAAAAGUUGUAAUUUGUUACACUGUGCACAAAUCUUUUAUACUAAAUAAAUACCAAACUCCAUUCUUCUGAAA